AUGAAGGAGAGGCUGUCUAACGAUCAGACGUGGUGUACGCCAAUACCGCACGACAGGAAGGUGUCGACGGUGCGGGAUUUUUAUCAGGCGUUCCACGAUGCGAGCACGUUGCCGAUACGGACCUGCAUGAUGUACCGCAAGCGGCGGCCGCUCACCAUUUUCAUGCCGGAGCUGCUUUCCCGAAGGCGAGCCCGUGGACUCACGCUGGUCGAAGAGAAGCUCGUCUCGCUCAACUCCUGCUAUGGGCACGUCAAGGGCCACAUCACAGUGUUUCCCAACAACGUGCAGGAGCUGGCGACCAAGGUGCUCCCGCACCCCCUUUUGCAAGCACUGGACGAGAUCCACGUUUCGUGGCAGGGCGUGGAGAAGCCGGCACCGAGCGACCUGUCGAGUCUCUUAGGAGCAACCCCACUACGCCGAGAUCGAGAUCGACGUGGCGGAGAUGGAGAGUUGGGAGACCCGAUAGACGGGGUGCCGGCCUUGGUGUAUGAUCGCAUGGAGCGGAACGAGCCGUCCGCAUGGGAGAAAACGCGGACGGCGCACGUUGUGCCGCCCACGGAGCGCGCCAUGGACGACGAGGGGUCGGUGGAGAUCGAGGAACUCUUCGCUCUGCUCAACCAAAGGCAGGAAACGGGAGGCGAGGCUGAAGGGCACGGGCCCAACGAAGAAGGCGCGGGUCGUGAUGGAGUUGGUGCUAGCCCCGAUCAGAACGUUCGACCAAUCAACGAGGUGACGUCUUCCGGCAUGUUUGGGCUGGACGGACCGCCAGACGUGGCGGAUGUCGAGAAGCUGCGCAUGCUGAGUGUGGCGAGGAAGGACUUCGGCAAGGUCGAGCGCGUUGCCCGCUCGAUGACCGCGCAAAGGAGCUUCUCAGGAGCCUCUCGCUGUACGGCCACCGGCAACCCAUGUCGAGAGGUUCGGCUCAAUAUGCGGCGGAAAAUCCAGUCGCUCAUCGUUGGCUACGGCGUUCCGGCCAUCUGGUUCACCAUCAACCCAAACGACAUUACGAACCCGGUGAAGCUGCGACUGGCGGCAUAUCGGACACGCGAUCCCGGCGCGGCCGAGGAGUUCCUAGAAGGCCUUGGGAGUGCGUACAAGCGGACAAGGCUGGCCAUGUCCGAUCCGAUGAGCGCCGCCGUAUUCUUCCACCGGGAGAUGAAGCUGUUCUUCGAUCAUUACGUGAAGGUCGGAGAAGAGUCGGUAUUCGGGCGCAUCGGCAAGUACUAUGGCGCUGUGGAGACCAACGAACGAGGGGCGCUUCAUGUUCACGGCUUGCUCUGGUUGCACGGAAACGCGCAUCUCAGCUCGAUGCUUGCCGACAUCCACGGGGAGGAUCAGGCGGCGUAUCGCGAGCGAAUCAUACGAUACGUCGAUAGUGUCUUCUCCGAGGAUCUGGAUCAGGAAGGGUUCUGCGCCGUGCAAGCGGAGCGAUCUAUCCGGAGGACUCACAGCAUGGUCAAUCGAUGGAACAAGGCUAUCGCUGUUGGGCUCCGGCACAACCACGACAUUUCCUUCAUUGCGACGCAGCGCAAGACCAUGGCCCUUAUGUAUUAUGUCACGAACUACGCGACGAAGGUGGAGGACCCGGUGUGGAAGCGUGUGGCGGCCGCGGCCGAUCUCCUGGCCGCCUCAACGGGUGACGGCACGGCCAACGGAGGACAGGACGACGGUGGAGGUGCUGUUGGCGAUGACGCCGCCAAGGGGAACAGGACGCGACAGUUCUUGAUGAGGGUGGCGAAUCGUGUGUUCACGGAGCGUCCGCUAUCUCAGGUCGAGGUCGUCGCUCAUCUUCUUGGAUAUCCGGCCGAGUUCACCAACAGCAGCGCCUGGGCGUACCUGAACACAUCUCUGCUGUACUGGGAAGUCUUUCGACGGUGGCCGUAUCUCCGACGAGCAAGUGGCGCGGCGGCCAUAGAUGAUACUCUGGAUGAGUCGGUGCUCAGGCGGCCGGGCAAGCAUGCUACCGUCUGCCUCGAUGGCUACCUGAGCAAGGACUUCGGCCACAACGACGACGAGGAGUCGUGCCACCGGAGCAUCUGGGAGCGGGCGCGAGAGGCGCUGGCCCCGAGAAUAUCAUGUCUCGUCGACAACGUGCAGCUGCUUCGACGAUCAGCCGAAGACGCAAAGCGCGACGCCAAGCAAUGGGCGGCCUCAUCCGGCGAUGGCGAUUCCACGGUCGCCCACGUCGAGGAGGGCGAGACAGGCGAGGCGGGCGCAGAAUUUGCAGCGACGUAUCGGUCCAACAACAUCGGAGACGCAACGCGCCUGAUCGACGUCGUCCGAGGCGCAGUGGGCACGAAUCAGGUGACGGCCAAGUCGCCGGAGCUCAUGGCAAUGAUGCGGCAGCUCUGUCGAUUCCAGCAAUCGGCGCUCUGCUCAACGGCCGAGCUCGAGGCCAUCGCGAUUCCCGAACAAGGGUUGAGGUGCAUAAGCAUGCCAGGGCGGGUAUUUUCCGGGGCCGCACUACCGCCGCAGGAUCAGGUCAAGGCUAUCAAGUCGCAGCAGAUAAGGACUGCCGCGGCGCAGAUCAACGGCAUCACGAUCCUCCGCCUGCGGCGGUUCAUCCACGGCCAGUCUCGGAUGGACUGGCAGGAGAAGGACGUGCUUGUCAUCGACGAGAUUUCGGGGAUCCCCAUCGUCCUCUUCUGCGGAGACUUUCAGCAGUUCCGGCCGGUCCAAGAGAGGUCGAUCGUCCUGCCGAGCGCGGCCAUCUCGUGGGACGUAGACAACUCGUUCAAGGCCGAGCAGCGGCACCAGCACGACAAAGCGCACGCGCUGUGGAAGAGAUUCACGACGGUCGUCAUGUUGAACGAGCAAAUGCGCGCCGCCGGGGAUCCGGAAUUGCAGGGGCUGCUGAAGCGGAUCCGGCAGGGUGUGCAGGACCGCACGGAUCUGGACCUCCUCAACUCAGGUGCUACCGCGAGGGCAGGCGGAUCCCUUGGGAGACUGGCAUCACCGUGGUGA